AUGGCUUUAUUCAGAGAAAUAAUGAUGGUCGUGUUGGUGUUGAUGAUGGCUGCCGCGGGAUCUACCACGGCUGGUGUGUAUAAAGUUGGUGAUUCUGCAGGAUGGACUUUCGACCAAAAUUAUGAUCAAUGGGUUUCUUCCAAAAAAUUUCAAGUUGGUGAUACCCUUGUUUUCAACUACGAUCCAGAGUUGCACAAUGUGAUGCAAGUGAACGUCGACGAUUACAUUGCAUGCACAGAUAAAGCACCAAUUGCCAGCUUCAACUCCGGCCACGACUCAAUUAACCUCCCAACUCCAGGCGAUUACUUUUACUUGUGUAGCAUUCAAGGUCAUUGCGAUAUUGGUCUCAAAGUUCACGUUAAAAUCGCAGCUCCAACUCCAUCUCCAGUUACUCCUACUACUCCUGCAACACCAACAUCUCCCUCGAAUCCAGUGACUCCCGCGACUCCAACAACCCCAACUUCUCCCUCGAAUCCAAAUGCUCCGACUAAUAAUAGUACUCCUGCAACUGCAUUGAGUCCUCCUGUUAAUUCUGUGGAAUAUCCUUAUUUUCCUGGUUUUCCCGUUAAUUACAACUACACUGGUGACGCUACCACUUGUUAUUCAUCCAACUGGUUUCCCAUCAGCAUGUUAUUGCCAUUGUUUCUUGUUCUCUGCUUCUAG